AAAAAUAUGGCGGACACAGACCAGUAAAUAAAUAAUGGCGGAGGAAGAUGAGAUUGACGUCCUUGGAGACUUCUCUUUUAAUUCUUGUUUUGCUCAAAACAGUCAAGGGAUUCCGUCAUGCUCUGACAGAGAAGACACGGUGCACCCUCAAUGGCUCCUAGAUGCUACAGCAAACAAUUGGUAUGAUACACAGAAUAAAGGUAGAAAUAGGAUGAAGGAAGGUCCUUCAAGGAGGCUGUCAGGGAACAACGCAACAAAUAAAAACUCUACAUUACACACUACUGCAUGGAGCCAGGUGGAAAGAGAUAUACUGAAGAAGGAAAUGGCAAAAUAUGGACGAAAUGUGCGUAAAAUAUCACAGACACUGAAAACUAAAACAGAACCUGAAAUUCAAGCUUUAAUUGAGGCAGAACAUGGAAUUCAAUUAGACACAUCUGUACAAGGUCUGGAAAAAUAUGAAGCCAUAGAAGAAACACCACCUGUGAUUCAAGAAGAAAUUGUAACCGAUGAUCCUGUCAGUGACAUUCUGAGUAGGGUAACAACUGGCACUCCAACCGUACCACUAAUUAAACAACCUUUUAAGAAGAAAAACAAUUCUACAAUAAACUCAAAUGUUAAACUUAAGAAAAAUAUAUCGAAAGUUGGCUUUGUAUCUGCAAAUGUGAUGGUAAAUCCAUCCGAAAUAUUUUAUGAUGAUGAUUUAACAAUAGGUUCUACUGAGCUGAUAAAAGCUGAAGUGGAUUCAACAAGAAAUAUGGCUAUUCACCAGAAUGAAAGGAUAAAAGCUUUGAAAAAGAUUGGUAAUCAUAGGAGAAAAGUAUCCAGAAACUAUGAGAAGUCGAAAAGGAAUAGAAGUAUGGACAGUAAGAAGUCUCCUCAAGGAAGACAGAGGAAGGACUCUAGUUUGUCUCUACCUGAUGAUGGUAUAAAGAGCCCUAAGAUGCAAAUAGUGCUUGGAUCGGGUCAAGCUUUGCCUGUAUCAGAGGGAGAGCAAGUGAUUAAAAUAGAAAAGACAAAAGACUCUGAAUGUGAGAGUGACAUAGAGGUAGACAUUGACAGUGACAAUGAAGUUUCGCCAAAAAAGAAAGAGCAUCAGCAACAAGUGGCAGAUGAAGAUCCCAUAGCUGUCCCGUUGAGGAAAUUUGAGCCCAUGCGUAAAAGAACCCGCAAGAUUCCUCUGGAUGGUGGUGGCGGUUAUACGAUAAUGCAUACCGAGGCUGGAGACCUUUACGAGAUAGCCCAAGAGCCGCGAAAAGAGCGAGCGCCGAAAAAACCACCCAUACAUCUCCUCCAGUGCCGACUGUAUAAUGAUGAGAAACCGCCACCAUGUGAAGUGCACCUGCACGUGUCAGCGCUGAUAAGUAUGGACGUGCACGCACACAGCUCACGCGCGGAGGUCAUGGGUCUAGUGGGCGGGGAGUGGUGCGAGCCGCGGCUUUACAUGCGACUGUACAGAACAGCACGCGCCGCGGCCGCCGCCACCCACUGUGACAUGGACCCUGUAUCACAAGCGUCGGCAGCGGAGUGGCUACGUUCCCGCGGCUUAGACGUAUGCGGCUGGCAUCACUCGCACCCGCGCUUUCCGGCCGCGCCCUCCGAGCAGGACCUACGCACGCAGACGGCCCUACAGCGCGCGCUUCGCUGGCCGCUACCGUUCCUCGCGCUUAUAACCUCGCAGCACUGGCCCGCACGCACAGUGCCUAGCGUCUCGCGACUGCGAUGUUUUCGCGUGGAGGACACAGAAGAAGCUACGGGCACACCGAUCGGUUAUCAGCUGAAAGUGAAGCUGGUCCCAGACCUGACGACCGACAAUCUGCCGCAGUUUCUACGCGAGCUCCGCGGAGUGUUAGCUGAUCGCGACCGCAGCGACUUCAAUGUGAACGUGGCAGCGGAUGUCUGUCCGCAGGCUGGCUUGACGUAUUUGGAAAAGUGUAUACUGAGUAUAAGACAUCACAUGCACUCUGCGGGUUACGAACACGACGCGCCGCUGGUAGAACUUCUAGUGCGCGGCGUGAGAGAUGUGGUGAGGUGAACACUCGCCGCCUAGAGGACCGGAAUUAAAUUGGACCAAUCUGUAUAAAUAAAGCUGUAAAGUAACAUUUAGAGUACUCGUCACGUGUGAUGAAAGUGUUUGUGAUGAAAACUUUGGUUUAUUAUUCGGUUAAUUUUGUGAUUAAAUAAGAUCUCCUCUGAUGGUGCUAUGCCAUCUGGUAAGUGUUUUAUCGGGAAAUAUUAUUUUAAAAUAUAAUUUGUAAUUUAUAUCAAAAAACCUUUAAUUUAUGCAAAACUAAUAUAUUUUAUUGUAAGGACUCGGGUUUUCUAUGACUUUGAAACCGUACUAUUUGUAUGGCAAAAUUUUUUCACCCGUUCAAAUAACUGUUAUUAUAAGUUUGUUUACAGUAAAACCGUUUAACAUCCAACGCAAGUUGCUUACUAGAUUAUAUGUACGAAUAAAAAUGGACAGACAUGUUUUAUUUAUUAGGUAAGGAUAAAAAAACUAGAUGAGGUUCAAAUUUCGUAGAGAAUCUAGGUGCAGUUGAAAAGUUUGUAAUAAAAUUUAAGUUUUACCUAUUUAUGCAUGAAGCGAUACUACUUGUACUUGAAAAAGCUAAAUAUACAAAUAAAUGUGAAUUUCAAAAAUU